AGGUUCUGGAGCGAUGAUGUCACAGAACUGAAGCAGAGGCCGUCAUUGACAAUAUGGAGUCAGCGGAGAGGCUGGUUUCCCCGACCUCCAGUCAGACCUCCAUAAGAGCUGCAGCAAACCCAGAAACCUCAUCGACAACAACACACAGCAAGAGCGGUCAUUUGUUCCAAAUGUUUGGCAAUCAGGGUUUGGGAAUUUCUUCAGUUUCCAGUGCCUUUCCCAUGAUCAGUCACCCAGUCUUCAGUCUGCACUCCUCUUCUCCUGUCUACUCUGAAUUCGGAGGUCUGGGAACUCUGGGAUUGUCGGCCGCUCUGGCAGCCCGCUCUCAGAUCGGAGCUUUACCAGAUUGGUGGCGUUUUGCAGAUGCUCAGGGUCAAGGGUCGGCGGCCUUUUUCCCUCAUCUUCUGGGUCUGCCAGCAUUAUUCAGCGCACCAGCCCUGAACCAAGAGCAACCCCUCCUUCAGUCUCACGCAGCCAGACGCGCUCCGGUGAAAGCAGAACUGAAUGGCUCCAUCAAUGGAAAGGCGAAAUCAAGCUCAGCCUCCACACCCUCUCCAGUCCUCAUCCCUCCAGACCAGACCAAGAGCCUGAAAACCAGCCCCAAACCAACACUAAACCAGCUAGAGGAGAAAACUAGACUCAAAACAAAAGACGAGAAGUUGCAUAGCAAAGUGCCAGACGUCUCCAUCAACAGCGACAGCCAAUCAGCAUCCAGCUCUGACAGCUCGAGCGAUGCUCUUAGCAGCUCUGACUCAGACGACCUGGAGGAUGUUGACGACGAUGAUGAUGAUGAUCAGAGUGAUGAUAGUGUGGACUCAGAAAAGUGCAGAAAAGAUCAGAAAGUUAUCCGUAAGGAGGAAAUGCACACAGACAGGAAGAAGAGCCGUCACACUGUAGGACAGGAUAAGCUGGAUGUCCAGGGUUUGCUUUUGUCCCAGCUGCCUUUGCACAUCCAGUCCCUCAGGCCGACAGAGGAGCCCAGCAAACACGCCAGUGUCAUCCAGGCCACAGGUCUAGCAUCCAGCGCAAAACCGCUUGCUCUAGUCAUGCAGCGACGCAGGGACAGAGACGCACCGUCCCCUACAGACCUGCCCAUCUCCCACUCAUCCUCUCCAAAACCACCUUCCCUCACCCCGUCACCCAAGCCUCUGUCUCUGACUUCCUCUCCCACACCGCCCUCCUCCAAAUCCACCCGUCUGAAGACUUGCAAGAAUUACCUCGACCAGACCCUGCUCACCAUUAACAACUUCAGCAAGCUCAAACAGUCAUCUCUACCUCAGGCCUUUCCUCCACCGUUGAGAGGUGCACAGGAAUCACAGAGCAGCCAGAAACUUCCGUUCAACAGUCCGUUUCUCCCCUCACUUCCUACGGAGAACCACCAUCCUGGCGCGGUGCAGGACGCUCCUCUGGCCCUCAUCACCAAACCUCGCUCCCAGAGCACACGCACCCCUGAUAAACCACUGCUGGCUGCCACCAGCCCUGCGUUCAACACUCCCAUCAACCUCACCACCACGGGACGCACCUCUACCUCGCCCGCUCUGAAGAGAGAGAGACAAUCAUUGGUGGAGCACUUCGGGGGGGCGGAGUCUGAACUCCCUUACAGUAAAGACUCUGAUGAUUCCUUAAUGGAGGAUGAGGAUGAAAAUGAUGCUUCAAAUGACAGUCUCUCAGACUCUGACAGCAAUUUAGACACUGAUUCUGAUGAUGAUGAUGGUAAAGAUGAAGAGAUGGACAUAGAUUCAGAAAUGGACACAACGCCACUCAAACUCACCAAAUCCUCAGUGUCUAUACUUGACUCCUCCCACAGCACUAGCCCCACCCCUCUCAAUCUACAGGUUCAUAAAACACCUGCCACAACCACACUAGCCAUUGUGACCGGCUCUGGGAAUUCAGCCAAUCACAGCCCGGCUUUGUCGUCUUACAGUGUGGUCACACCCCCAGGGAAAAGGAGAAGAGUAACAGAUGAAUGUGUACUGCGGAAACCUCUAGAAGAUGGAUGGCAGAGGGAGACGCGCAUCAGGAACAUGUCUGGGCGUUUGCGUGGAGAGGUGGCAUAUUACGCUCCAUGCGGCAGAAAGUUCAGACAGUAUCCUGAUGUCAUCAAGUAUUUGACCAGAAACGGGAUCGGCGACAUUACACGUGAUAAUUUUAGCUUCAGUGCUAAAAUAAAGGUUGGUGACUUCUAUGAAGCCAGAGAUGGACCGCAGGGGUUACAGUGGUGCUUACUGAAGGAAGAGGAAGUGGUUCCUCGUAUCUUAGUGAUGGAAGGUCGUCGGGGUCGUCUCAAGAAUCUUGACCCCGCUCGCUCUCGCAGGAGAAGCAGAGCGCCUGACGAGAGUGAAGCUGAUGCUGUCAGCAGCUCUGAGGCCAAACUACUGCGCAGACGGGAGGCCCAGGAAAUGGCGCGGCAGGCGGCUCAGAUGAAGCUGAUGCGUAAGCUGGAGAAGCAGGCGCUGGCACGAGCGGCUAAAGAGGCCAGGAGACAGCAAGCAAUCAUGGCGGCUGAAGAGCGGCGGAAACACAAGGAACAAAUGAAGAUUCUGAAGCAGCAGGAGAAGUUCAAGAGAAUCCAGCAGGUCCGUUUGGAGAAGGAACUCCGUGCUCGGCAGAUUUUGGAGGCUAAAAGAAAAAAGAAAGAAGAGGCUGAAAAUGCCAAAAUACUAGAAGCUGAAAAACGAAUAAAGGAGAAGGAGCUGCGCAGACAGCAGGCCAUCAUCGUGAAGCACCAGGAGUUGGAGAGACAUAGACUAGAUAUGGAGCGGGAGAGACGUCGGCAGCAUGUGAUGUUGAUGAAGGCGAUAGAGGCCAGGAAGAAAGCUGAGGAGAAAGAGCGACUGAAACAGGAGAAACGAGAUGAGAAACGACUGAACAAGGAGCGCAAACUGGAGCUCAGACGGCUGGAGCUGGAGAUGGCCAAAGAGCUGAACAAACCUAAUGAAGACAUGUGUCUGUCAGACCACACGCCUCUGCCAGCGCUGUCACGGAUAGCGGGUCUGCUGUUGCCGGGGGGAUGUUUCUCAGACUGUCUUAUGGUCAUGCAGUUCCUGCGCUGCUUUGGAAAGGUCCUGGGGUUUGACCUCAGCACUGACGUGCCGUCUCUUGGCGUGCUGCAGGCAGGGCUUCUGAAUGUGAGCGACAGCAUGGGCUUCAUCCAGGACCUGCUGGUGCGCAUGCUGUCUGCUGCUGUUUGUGACCCAGGACUCCCUGCAGGACACAGGGCUAAGACGGCUCUGGGAGACCAUGUGACUAACGUCGGCCUGAACCGGGACAAUGUGUCCGAGGUGCUGCAGAUCUAUAUGGAAGCUCACUGUGGACAGACUGAACUGGCACCGCUGGCUGAGAGCUUGAAGACCAAAGCUUUCCAGGCCCACACGCCAUCUCAGAAAGCCUCCAUACUGGCCUUCCUGGGCAAUGAGCUGUCCUGCAGCAAGAGUGUGGUCAGUGAGAUCGACAAAAACAUUGACAGUAUGACUAACCUGCGACGAGACAAAUGGGUGAUCGAGGGGAACCUACGGAAACUGAGAAGCAUCUAUGCUAAGAGGACGGGAAAGCGAGAGAGCAGCGUUGGAGGAGAGGAGGGUCAGUCCACCAGUACGCCUGCGAACAGCCGUAAACGCAAGCGCAAAGGAGGGGAGAGUGAUGAAGAUGAUGAGGAAGAUGAUGACAGCGAUGAACAGGGAGAGGAGGAUGAGGAUGAAGAUGAUUUUGGUGGGAAGAAAGGAAAAAAAGCAGAAGCAUGUGAAGAUGAGGAUGAAGGUGAUCAAAUCACAAGCAUUGAGGAGCUGGAGAGACAGAUUGAGAAGCUCCGCAAGCAACAGACUCAGAUCCGUCGGAAGCUGUUCGAGGCCUCUCAUUCCCUGCGCUCCGUGAUGUUCGGUCAGGACCGUUAUAAGCGACGCUACUGGGUUCUGCCGCAGUGUGGCGGGAUCUUUGUGGAGGGACUGGAGAGUGGAGAGGGCCGGAUGUGGCCCACAGGCCGCCUAUUGAGGAACCCUAGUUUAGAGUGUGUCUUGCAUGGAAGCCUGUAUCCGCUACUUAAUAAAAAAAUAAACCAAGGUCCUGAGGAAUUGCAGGGAGAGCAUGAGGGGAUGAAGAACGCUCACCUCGUCCAGGUCAAAGAGGAACCUGAUGAAAAAUACAGCACCGCUGAGAGGAAACAAGAACCUCCGCAGGAUGUAGAUUCUCUCAACCUCUUCCUGCAGAAACCGGACUCUUUCUCCAAGCUCAACAAGCUGUUGGAAGUUGCUAAGAUGUCUUCUGAGGCCUCUUGUCACCAAUACAGCAGCCCAAAACGGCAGACUACAUUACGCAGAACACCUAACCAUGUUGUUAAACCUGAUCUCAGUGAUUCUUGUCUCCUCAACAACACCUACCUCACUAAUGCCCAACAGCAGAUCUGUAACGAGCAGCUUUAUAAGAUUCUGACAGAGAGAAACGCUCACUGGUUCAGUCUGCUGCCUCGCUCUCCAUGUGACGUGUUGUCUCUGACUGAAGGUCCACAUUCAGCUUCAUCUUCCUCACCACAGACCGCAGCGGUCUCUGCCGACCCCUACAGCGCUGCGCGGAUCAAUAACUUUUCAUUAGCAGCACUGCAGUUGAAGUCCGGUGUGCCCAUUAUAGAUUUGCCCUUCUGUGCUUGGUCCAAUGGAAAUUUGAGUCCAAACGUGCCGUUCUCUGGUGUUUCCAUGGCUCAGAUUCUCAGAGGCAUUCCCUCAUCCUCAGAGGGCAGUGGACACCUGAACGUCUAUAAGAGCGAUUUUCCAGAGUCUCCAGCAGAGAAACCCAUCUCCACACCCUCACCGGUCAUCGAGGUGCCCAAAAACCAGGAUUACCCAUCACCUCAACCUAUUCCUGAAGAGAUGUUGACUGGCUGGUGGAAGGUGACGGACGUCGACGAGUUACGAUCUGUAGAGAAAGCAUGCCAUUCCCGAGGGAUCCGAGAGAAACAGCUGCAGAAACAGCUGCAGAAACACAUGGACUACAUCGGGCAGGUCUGCUGCAGGAACAGAGAUGUGACUGUGAUCGACGUCUCUGAGCUGGAGGAGAAUCAGGUCUCUGAGGACACCGUCCAGAGCUGGUGUGUGGAAGAGCAGGCCAUGGACAUGGACAUCGGUGUCCUGCAGCAGGUGGAGGAACUGGAACACAAGGUCACCUCAGCCAGUCUGCAGGUUAAGGGCUGGAUGUAUCCAGCGGCGCAGUCACAGAGUGAAGACCUGCUGUAUUACGAGCACAAACCCGUCGUGCAAAACUGCAAAGACAAAAGCGACAGCGACAUCGUACGUCGAGCAAACAACCCUCUGGAUAUAGCAGUGACGCGUCUGGCGGAGCUGGAGAGGAACAUCGAGCGAAGGUACCUGAAGAGCCCUUUAAGCAGCACCAUUCAGAUCAGACUGGAUAACGUGGGAACGGUCUCAGUACCGGCCCCUGCGCCAUCACCUGCUAGAGCUGAUGGUGACGGGGCUGAGGAAGAUCUGGCUCCAGGACUGAGACAGUGGCGUAAAGCUCUCGGCGAGGUGCGCAGUGCCAGUCAGCUCUCUCUGUGUCUACAGCAGCUGCACAAGUCCAUCGCCUGGGAGAAGUCCAUCAUGAAAGUGUACUGUCAGAUCUGCUGUAAGGGAGACAACGAGGAGCUGCUGCUGCUGUGUGAUGGAUGUGAUCGAGGCUGCCACACGUACUGCCAUAAACCCAGGAUCACCACCAUACCAGACGGAGACUGGUUCUGCCCGGCCUGCAUAUCCCAGGCGAGCAGUCAGUCCCUGAAGACCAAGCAGGCCUUGAACCGCUCAAGCGGAGGCCUGAAGAAACCUGCUGAGGCCAAGCGGCACAAGAAACCGUCUGUGGCUGUAGACUCAGAGGAGAAUUUGAGCAGCGCCAACAGCACGCCCAGAAAAGUGUCAAAGGACAUGAAAAAGAGGAAGACAGAGGAGAGUCCUUCCACUAACCCGGCAAAGCAGGAGAGUCCCAAAACAUCCAGAGACCACAGUAAAGACCUGACCUUGUGCAGAAUACUCUUGGCUGAGCUGGAAAGCCAUCAGGACGCCGGACCGUUUCUGACACCCGUCAACCCCAAAUCUGUCCCGGGAUACCGCAAGAUCAUCAAGAAGCCCAUGGACUUCUCUACUAUCAGAGACAAACUCACCAACAGCCAGUACUUGAAUCUUGAGACUUUCAUCAUUGACGUGAACCUGGUGUUUGAUAACUGUGAGAAAUUCAACGAGGAUAAUUCAGACAUCGGCCGAGCGGGACACGAGAUGAGACGAUUUUUCCAGAGGAGAUGGACCGAGCUGUUGAGGCAGAACUCGCUGAAACCAGUUCAGAUGAUGGAGAGUCAUUUACACACCAUUCACGCCACACACUCAAACAAAUCAAGUACAGGGACACAACUGUGAGAACAUCGAUGCUUUCAAAAAUAUCUUGUGAAUAUGUUCGUUUUUUUUUUUUUUUUUUUAAUAAACGUUAAUAUUAUAGUCAAUGUACUGUAUUUAAUUUGUCUUUAAUUAUUUAUGACUAAAAAGGUCUUCACUUUCUAUGGAAAAAGAGGCAAAAUUGCUUUAAAAAUCUAAAUGAAUGUGCUUUCUUGAUCAGAUAUGAAAAAAUAACGUGUUUACAUAAUUCUGAGCUCCUAGAGAACAGAAGAUCCAUUAUGGUUACAUUAUAAAGCUGCAUUUAUGUAAAUGUGUAUGUUUUAAAUCACAAACUCCAAAACAGGCCAUCGUGACAUAUGACUAUUAAUGUUUAAUAUCAGUUCUGAAUAUUGUAUUCUGUGCACACAAGACUCCAGCAUCGUAUAUGCCUUUUUAAUAGUUGUAUCUUUUCAUGUGUUUUAAUACGGCACUUUCUGAAAACAGCAGUGCCUUCAGAAAUCCUCUGUUUUUACAACUUCUCCAACCUCAAUCAAUCUAUUCCGAUGCCCGAGCAUUCAUCCAGUGAUUGCUGGAUUUUUUACAUCAUCAUUGCUAUCGCUCGUAUACAAUGCAACAAUAAAACGGAUGAAGAAAACCUCCAAACCGUAUCUAGAAAUCAGAAUUUUCUUCUAUAUUUUUUUUUGACUUCGCAACCGCUUAGCAAACACUCUUGCGUUGUGAUGGCAAAUUUUGCGCGUGCAAAAGUGCCGUUGCGAUAAAUCUAGUUUACAUGAUAAUUAAUGUAAUGAACUGCAGUGAUUUUUAUGGUACUGAAGUCAGAAUACUUGAAUUCUCCUGUGUGAAGAUAUUGCAAUGAAGGUGUAGCGUUCUGUUUUGUAGGAGUUUUAUUUUUCUCUAGUUUGUGUCGAAUAUUUAAUAAAAGGUUUUCAAGCAGCCUGGUUGUGUUUAUACUGU